GUGAGUUGAACCAUAUAAAGUUUUAUCGUAAAAAACUACUAGUUUCUGAGUUAUAGGCCGUCAAACAUAGGGCUGCAGCGCGAACUCCAAGAAUUGCCCGAGGCUAUAUCUCGGAAACCGUUGUUCGAAGAAAAAAAUCCUUGCCACAGCUGGCUUCCCCGCCCAUCACAACCCCUUACACCAGUUUUCAACGAAGAAUAAAAUAUGAGGGUGCAAAUUUAAUUUUUUAUUUGUCGAUUGUCUGGACUCUGUCUCUCCGCCGCCAGCGGGCCCCACCCGGCGCUGCCGGUGCCGGUGCCGGCGGCGGGGUCACUGCCGGGCGCGCCCCCAUAUAAGCGGCGCCGGCCGGCGGCUCGACACACUCCGCUCGCCCCGCCGUCGUCCGCCGCCGCAGAGAGAGCCGCCAUGAUGCGCUACCUGGCCCUGGCCGCGCUGCUGGCCGUCUGCUGCCGAUCGGCGAUCGCCGCUGAGGAGGCGCAGUCGGCAGACCAGCAGGCAGAGGAAGCCAGGCUCCGCUACGGCGGCUACGGACUCGGCUACGGAUACGGGACGUACGGAGGCAACGGCCGCGGAUACAGCGGCUACGGCGGCUACGGCGGAUACGGCCGCAGUGCCUACCCGGGCCUGAGCCGACGCUACGGCCUCUACAACCGGUACAACCUCUACAACAACUACUACGGCGGGUACGACGGCCUCUACGGCAACGGCUACGGUCGCUACGGCAGCAGCUACGGCCGCUACGGCUACGGACGCUACGGAAACGGCUACGGUCGCUACGGAAACCGCUACGGUCGCUACCGGAACGGCUACGGCUACGGCAACGGCUACGGAAACGGCUACUACGGCUACGGGGGUUAUGGAGGCUAUGGGGGCUAUGGUGGCUACGGUGGCUACUAUUGAUUUUUCUGUCUUCCCUCUCACGUCCAUUUUUUUCUUCAAAUAAAUGUGCGAUUUUUGUCAGCAACGUUUCCCAAAGGUGCUUCAAAUACACGUGAUAUUCU